CUCAUGGAAUCGGGUGUUCUACUUCGAUAAGAAGCAGCAAGCGGAAGCACAGUCGAGUGCCAAUUGGCUUGCAAUACUCAACACGGGGGAGAGGCGCAAGCAACCAGGCAGGCGGCAUCGUCUUGCCAACAACCCCCUUUAUACUCAUUCCACCGUCCCCAACCGGUUCUCUCUCUACGCAACCCAUCAAGACGCCCUCGUCCCCUCUCGCCACCUCCGGUAGUCCCGCCAAACUAGGCACCCCUCCGUAUAUCCGGACGCAGGCUCAUUAAAGCCGCGCAUAGAUCAUUCUAGGGAUAGGCGCUAUAAUGUGCCGAAACCUCGAAGAGAUCCAGUAUGUCCGGACCAGACGCCCGCGGCCGCAACCUCCUAUGCGUGGCCAGAUGCCCGCGCUAGAUUCCUACGCGCAUAUUAAUACCAGACAGACUCGUGGACCUGGAACCGACUCAGAACUCGCUAAAACAGUAGGCGAAUCUCACCCAUCUCCAGAACCCUCUCCGUAUCUCCUCCCUCCUAAAGACACCUCUACGGGCCCCGACCCCCCCCUUUCUCUAACUCAACCGCCCUCUGCCGUAGCAGCCAGCAGCAGCACGCAUACCACCGACAUGGCCCUCUCCCGCGCCGGGCCCCGGCCGGGAGCACCGCUCCGUCGAACUAUUACGCCUCGGACCCGUUGCGCAGACCUCGCGCCGCCAGCGGGCAAGCAAGCGAGGUCGUCUCCCCAUCGUUCGACCUGGCGCGCAUGUUUGACUAACGACUCGCCCCCCAGGCCCCCUGGGACCGCUCGCUUGGCGGUCGUCAUCGCACUGGUCUUUGUCUAAAUUUUUUCCUUUCAGGGGAGAAGGGGGAUGGGUUGCUAUCGAUCCGCGCGCGCGCAGUGGGGUGAUCGGCUUCGGGUAGCCCCCCUACCCAACGAUACCAACGGGUCCGUCGUGCUGUGCCUGUACCGUGGUGGGAAUACGUUAGGUAGUCGAC